UGCAGCGCGGCGCCCCCUCCCCAUUCGCUUGUGUGCGGCAGCGGGGAGACUGCUUCUACAGUGGCGGCCGUCGCCGUGUGCUUUGUGGGGGUUGUGUGUGAUGUGUGUGUGUGAGCCAUUCGCCCGUUGAGUUGCCCUCCAUGGUGGGCCAGGAUCGGGCCAUCGUCGGAACCUGGGGCCCGCCGCCCUUCACUUGAGGAUUACAACGACGAACGCCCAACGCGGUCGCCCGGACCAAAAUGACACUCCUGUUUUCGAGGGAACAUGACAGAAGGUAGCUUUCAAGAUGGCAACUGCCUGGUUCGCGUCCGGGCGCAGGUGAUGACCCGGGAUGAUUCGACGGGCGGCUGGGUACCCCUGGGAGGCGGAGGCCUCAGCAGUGUAUCGGUACGCAAGAGGGACAACAGUACAACGGGUGGUACAUGCUAUCACAUCACGGGCGAGCGCGAAGCGGCAGUGCUCCUGUCCUGUGCCAUCGGACGGGACUUCACAUACAACAAGGUCAUGCCCACUUUCCACCACUGGCGAGCGGGCGAUCACAAGUUUGGACUCACCUUCCAAACUUCCGCCGACGCCAGGGCCUUCGAUAAGGCUGUGCGAGUCGCCAUGGAGGACUUGCUCGACGGUUCCGGUGACCUGUGCAACAUCCUGCACGACUCAGACAUUGGCGACGACGAGGUGUUCAUGACCCUGGAGCUCCCCGUCGACUCCCGUUCUUCCUCGGGUUCAUCUUCCGGCGGCAGCAGCCUGUCGCCCGCCAACCACCUGCACCGCAUCAACUACGUGCGCCGGGACACCCCGAAAGAAGAACUGCCCCCAUCACACGAACCCUACUCGUACGUCCAGUUUGCCAAGCACGAGUACUCCUACCCGCUCGUCGAAGCCCUCAAGGGCAGCACACAGCGCGACACAGCGCCCGUCACCACCACCACCACCACCACCCUACCUCCGACCAACCCAAACAACACGGCCAAGAAGGCCCCCCCGUUGCCCACCAAGGCCACCAGGGGCAGCGGCGGGGGGCAGAAACGCAGGCAGUGCAGGCACUGCCUCGAAGAGUUCACGGAAGACAGCAACAGACGCGGGUCGUGCGAGUACGCGCCGGAUGGAGUGCUGGCCUGCAUAAACGCGGCCUCCUGCAUCUCGUGCGCGCAUUGCAUGCUCUACCACUGCAUGGCCGACGCCGAAGGAGACUUUUCUCAACGACCCUGUUCGUGUGCAGGAUCGCCGAGGGACUGCAGGAGGCGGUGGGCGGGUCUGGCGCUCCUGUCGCUUCUUGUGCCGUGUCUGUGGUGCUACAUGCCCCUGAGGGCUUGUCACCGGGCAGCCGUGAGCUGUGGGCUGUGUGGUGGGCGACAUCAAGUGUAGCCGAGACCGCAGUUAAUACUCCCUGCCGGGACGACAUCCAAGCUGUCGAUGGUCGUCGACUUUGCGACUUCCUGUGACUUUGCAGCGUCUUGGGUCUGACCGGAAAACGUGUCUCGCCAACCGGAGCUCUUCUGUACGAGCCCCUCAGGGGGGCGACGCGCGGAUGAGACGGGUCGUCCGGAACAGCUCAAGUAGUGCGCGCCGGGUCUCCAGGAAGAGCAACGUCGCUUCCGCGGAGGCUUGAGUGUCCACCCCCUGCGCCGUCGUGUGACGUCGGAACGCUGUCACUAUAAGACGUGCGAGCGGUGCAACGGACACUUCUUCCUUCCCGAUGUCGCCAAGACAGGUGUGACAAUAUUAGCCGAGAGAUUUUUUUUUUUUUAAACUGGCAGUGACUGUUUGUCUGUACAAAUUCACGUUGCUUUUUUUCCGUUUCAUUUGCAUGCCAUGACAUGGAGUUCCGCUUUUGUGUAAAAAAAAAAAGCCACGGUUUUUGCUUCUCGAGUGCUUUCGUACCCCCCAGUCCGCUCUACAACGUUCCUUCGCGUUGUGCUUACGUUUCCGAGACGAAAAAUGGCCCAAGGCAUACUUUUUGCAGCCCGAUGUAGGUGCCCCAUCGUGCAUGCUACACGUUGUCAUCCCCCACUUCAUCAUCACGAGAUGGUUGCACCGCGGUCAUAAGAGCAGCGUUACGUAGAGAGCCCCGAUCAAGCUCCUGAUAUGUAAGACAAUAGAGAGCCAUACCAUGGAAGAUUAAUGAUUUUUUUUCCCCCCUUGGAACUUGACCCACAACCUCAACCCACCUUUUUUUUGUUUGUUGCUUAUUCAAAAGAGGAAAGUUUAUCUGUCAAUGCUGCGCGAGAUUAUUAUUACGACCCAUAAUGUGUUUCACUGUUAAGCGAAAAAGGGUCAACCUAGCUUAGGUCUUUCACUGAAAUAUUGGCAAAACAUUGUCCCCGCUUUUUAAAAAUUAUUUUUGUCCCUAACCAUCAAAACCGGGCCUUUGGAUUCGUCUAAGGGCUCCCGUAAACAACGGCAUUUAAAGGGGAGACGCAUGUACGACAAUACGCACGACUCUCCACACAGUUUCGGGUCACGAUCGGCAACGUGCUACAUUCACGUGCACGGUGACAUCCCAGCGGGACGUCAUCACUCUCACUUUAUUUCACGUAACUAAAUUUGCUCACAUAAUAAAAUACGGUAAACGACGACGACGCAUUCGUCAUCAUGUUUCUUACUCAACAAAACUAUGAAAUCUGAGCACAACAAAAUUGAUCUCUCGUUAUGUUCUGAACGCGCCUUUUCUUGGACCCGUCACAUCUAUGAGAGCGGCAACAUCACUGGCUGCUCAAAUCGUGAUGCAGUUGAUCGGAUCAGCGUUGUCGCGUAGUGACGUCAUGUACUUUACCGGAUUCUGUCCUGGCCGCUUUGCCUUACAACAUGGCGUGCGCUUUGUCGUUCAUGUAUCCCUCCCUUAACUGUGCUGCAUUCACCCGAAUGAGCCGCUGACAGCUCUAGAAGUCCAGAGCUACGAACUACAAAAUCUUACGACCGUGGCACAUGCCCUGCAUUUCGCAUCGUCAUUCUUUCCUUUUUUUUUCUCUCUCUCAUCCACUAAAUUGAAGGAAAAGAGGCAUACUUUUACGACGCAUACAGCCCUUUUUCGCAUACCCCAUAACUUUUUAAAAACAUGUUUCUAGUCCCACACCCCUUCAUUUUUGUAAGAGGCUCUUCGCCUCAUCACGGUUUUCCCAGUCUUCUCAUCAAACUCAGGAAGGAGUAAUCACAAUGCGUCGGCAGGACAGCCCACCAUGCCCAACGUGCAUGUGCAGGAGAUAAGAUUAGUUAAGGAGAGCGCAGAGGAUAUGAUUUCUCUCUGGGUCAAAGUGUCCGGCCGCGCUCGAGAGCGUCUCCCCCACCCCCACCCCACCCCCACUUCGACGCACGACAAAAAUUGUGAAAACACUUUUUUUUUUUUUGCUGGGACUCUUUGCUCAAAAGAUGAAACAACCAGUUCUACGGCGAACAACACAUUUUGUCUCUAUCCAAUGCGGAGAACGUGUAAAUAAUUGUUUAGAAAAAAAAAAAAGCGAAACCGAUGAAGCAUGUGCGUGUGUGUCAACCGUACGAAUGUGCGCGCGCGUGUACACGCCCUGUCUCGCGGAGGGUCGGGCACCCGCGCAACAAGCCCGGAAAGGCUGGAAGGUGGUGUCGCAACGGCAAGAGAUGACGGCGGCAUCCGCUUCGUACCCGACGUUCAGUGAUACGAAAUGUCCGUGCCAGGAUACGCAGCUCCGUACUUCUUGCGUCAAGAUGAUUUUACUUAAAACGAGGCAAGACAGUGAUACCUCGACACCUCCGACCCGCACACGUGUACUGUCCGAGGACGCUCCAAGACACCGACCCACCCCAACACUGAACAAAAAAAAAAGAAGAGGUUGCAAGUCGCUACCGUCAAGCCUGUGCUUCUACCCAUCUGUUUCCCCCGACGACGUGCACAGUUCUUUCACCGAGAAAAAAAAAAAAAUGUGUGUGAUGUUUGGUAUAUUACCCAGCCCCACGUUUCCGUCAAGCACUGCUUCUCGCAAGGCCGCGGCACUGGCGGACUGCACCGCGCAAGCCAGUGGCGCCAACGUUGAUGACGGGAGAGAGGCGGAGGGAAAGAAACAAGUUGUUUGGACUGAAUACCCACGUCGUUAUGCCGCACUUUCUUGCUCCGUAACAUUUUUCCGCCUACCUUAAAAAAAAAAGUGUUCUGUGUACACAACACGAAUGCGAGAAAAGAAAGGAGGAGGAAAAAAAAAGUGGUAGAAGAGAGAGAGGAAAAUGUUACGGAGCAAAACAUGGCGUCGGUCGCCCUUUCUUGUGUGUUAUUUAUGAGCUAGUAGAGCCAAAGAAUUUAUAUUAAGAUGCAAGCCCUAUUAUGACCCUUCAUUCAUUCUCGACUGCAUUGUUAGUGGAUGUUAUUGUAAAUACGAAGACAAGAGCCUGAGGGAACGGGCAAUAAAUGAUUAUUAUGAAUUUC